GUGCAUAACGGAGUUGUGUGAGCAUGCAUGCGUGCAUGUGCAUGUGUUUGAGAGUGUGUGUGUGUGUGUGUGUGUGUGCCCCUUACCCCAGCCCUCCAUAUCUGUCCACAGGACCGCCAGCCCCGUCUAGAGUUAUUCCAGGAAUGCGAUGAACAUGGCGGCCGCGAUGAAGGCGCAGAAAACGGGACUGCUGGAGCUCCGGGUGGCCGUGGACCGCUGGACCCGGGUGCUGGCCACGCUCACCGAGGACACGCUGACGGUCACCCCCGGCGAGGGCGCCGACGAGCCGCCCAAGAGCAAUCCAAACCCCGCGGGGGCUAUCAACGGAGACCCCCCCAAUCUCAGCUCGUGUCCCGUCCCGGAGACCAUCACCAACGUGAAGCGCACGGUGCGGGUUACCAAGCAAGAUGUCGGAGGACUCGGGAUUAGUAUUAAAGGUGGGAAGGAGAACAAGAUGCCCAUUCUCAUCUCCAAGAUUUUUAAGGGCUUGGCCGCCGACCAGACAGAGGCGCUUUAUGUGGGCGACGCCAUAUUGUCUGUCAACGGUUGCGACUUACGGGAGGCCACGCACGACGAGGCCGUGCAGGCCCUGAAGAAGACUGGCAAAGAAGUCAUCCUUGAAGUCAAGUACAUCAAGGAGAUGUCGGCCUUCUUCAAGAGCUCGGGGUCCCCCGGCGGAGCUCUCCCAUGGGAUUCGCCUCCCCCAACGCCUCAGAAGGGUGCGGACCUCCCGUCCGCCGAGACGAAGGAGCCCCGCAGCAUCCUGCUGAAAAUGUGCCAGGUGUCCCGCAAGCAAUGCCCCCCCGACACAGAAAACAGGUACUUCGAGGUGGUUUCGCCCAACAGAAAGAACUCUGUGUUUCUGCGGGCCAAAGACCCAGCCAUGGCCCAGUCCUGGUACAACGCCAUCCAGGCCGGUGCUGCCAACCUUUUACCACAAGUGAAGGAGGAGAUGAAGAUCUUGCAGCCUGGUAUGGAAGUCAAACACUUGGGCUGGAUUACAGAACAGGCGGUACAGGGAUCGGAGAGGCCGGUCCUCGCUGUGCUGACCGACCGGGAGCUGCUUCUCUAUCCCGCCUUGCCCGAAAGCAAAGACGCCAUAAGCAGCCCCACCAAGAGUCACCCUCUCAUCACCACCAGACUGGUCCACUCCGGCCCGGGGAAAACCUCUCCUCUCCUGGAAUCAGAUCUUUCAUUUGGCCUGCGUUCAGGCACCAAGCAAGGUGUGGAGACCCACGUGUUCCGGGUGGAUUCCCCCAAGGAGCUGUCGGCGUGGACUCACCUGCUGGUCGACGGCUGCCACAAUGCCGCCGAGCUCAUCAAGGAGGUCACGACAGCCUGCAGCUGGAACGGAAAGGAGUGCACCCUGGGAGUGCACAUCGACGAGGGCUUCACGCUAUUCACCGAAGAGCUGGGCGUCCGCAAGUGCGUCCUGCUGCAGCAUCCCUUCGAGCGUCUGAGGAUGUCGUCGGACGACGGCGUCCGCAUGAUGUUCCUCGACUUUGGGGGGCCUGAGGCCGAAAUUCAACUGGACCUUCAUUCUUGCCCCAAGACGAUUGUGUUCAUCAUCCACUCGUUUCUUUCCGCAAAGGUCAAGCGACUCGGCCUCCUGGCAUGAUGACGUCUGCAACGUUAGCAUUAGGAUUUUAUUUUUUAUUUUUUAUUUUUUUUUUUAUUAGUAAUUCACAUCCCAGACUGACUUGAGAGCAAGUGAUGACUAAACCGCUCCUCCUGGUCUCUCGUGAAAGACCGGCGGACAUUUGAGCGUUGAGGUUUUUCACAAAUGCACAGCUCAUGAUUCACACGUUGAUUAUACAGUAUAGCGACCGUUCGUAUUGUUUUUGUUCCGAUGAUGGUUGAUGUUGGACAAACGGCUGUUUCAUUAAAUGAUUAAUUAAAAGAUGACAGCGUUAGCAGAGUGACGGGAGACUGAUCACUGCGUGAUCUAAAAUGGAUGUAAGGAUUAAUUAAGUGAUGAACUUAAGGAUGUUUAAGUUGCCUUUUCACAAAACUACACUUUUUCAUGAUGUUUUUUUUUUGAAUAAUCCAAAAUAAGAACCUAAUAUGACAAAGAAAUUAAGUUAUUUAUUGAGUUGUUUUACCCUAGCUGCAAAUUUUGAUUAAGGCAACUCGCAAAGAGGGCACUUACCUCAUAAAUAGACGGGCUUCACCAAAAGCUCAGUGCAGACAUAUCGAUAACCAGAUCGAAUUUGAGCCAUUCCAAUCAAAGUCGGCAAAGGCCCGAUUAUCCUGUCUUGUGGGGUAUGUUAACAUUCAUUGCCAUUGACGGCUGUUCAAUUCAAAUAUCCAUGUUAACAUGGAGGCCUAGCAGAGAAUGAAGAAUGAUAUUUUUCCCCCCCUCUCCGAUCAGUUCGGAAAACAAUCGGGGCUGACAAUCAUUAGUUAUACCUGUUCAGUAUUUACGAUCGUAAAUCAUUAAUCAGCGUUAAGGUAUUUUCCCACACUUGCGAUCAAAGUCGUUUUUUUGUUUUGUUUUUUGUUUGUUUUUUUUAAUAUAAAGAAUUUUAUUGAACAUACACAAAUAAUUCAACACAAGACUGGUUGCAGUAAAAUAAAACCUACAUAAAAUAAAAGAUUGUCAUGAGUAGGGGUCUUUCAAAUUUUAAAAAUCUGUUAAAAUGUUAAAAAUUGGUAUGUGUGUAAUCUGCUUAAGGUAUUUUUUUUCUAUUCUGUUUUCAUUCAUUUAAUCACCGGAGCGGGCGAAUGGCCUUCAUCACAAAGCACUCAUGUUGUAUUUGUAAAAAACAUGAAAUAUGUGGCGUUUAAAUGUUAUCUUAUCACAACACUAAAAACCGACUUGUAUUCAUAAUAAAUGCCUCAACGAUCUCCAAAAUAAAAUGUAUAUUCUUAUUUAAACAAGCAAAAGGUGUGCCUUUCAAGGGUUGUUUGUACAUAAACAUGUAAUAAACUUUAACUUUUAACAUA